ACCAAGAUAAUAUAGAUCGAUCAAAUAGUAGCAGUAGUAAAUUAAGAAAGCAGAAGAGAUUAUUGAUUAAGCAGGCAGCAUGAGCGGGAGCGACACCUCGGGCAGCGUCCACGUCGACGAGCACGGGCACGGGCACGGCAAGGCUUCAUCGUCAUACGACGGUGCUGGUGCCCCGGCGCCGGCGCCGGCGCCUUUCCAGGGGCAUCGCAAGGCUGGCAGUGGUAGCAGCGACGUGCCGUUCCUGCUGCGCAGCGGCGGCAGCGGUGGCGACGGCCUCCGGCGGUGCUUGGGUCUGAUAGACUUUGUGCUGAGGGUGGCUGCCUUCGGCCCCACGCUGGCCGCCGCCAUCUCCAUCGGCACCUCCGACGAGAGGCUCUCCGUCUUCACCAACUACUUCCAGUUCCGCGCCAGAUUCGACGACUUCCCGGCUUUCGAGUUCUUCAUUGUGGCGAAUGCGAUCGCGGCGGGGUACAUGGUACUGUCGCUGCCCUUCUCCGCCGCCACCAUCAUGAGCUCCAAGGCCACCGGUGUCAAGCUUCUGCUGCUCAUCUGCGACACCAUCAUGGUGGGUUUACUGACGGCGGCAGCGUCUGCGGCGGCGGCGAUGGUGUACGUGGCGCACGAGGGCAACCUGCGCGCCAACUGGGUGCCCAUAUGCUUGCAAUUCCACGGCUUCUGCCAGCGCACCAGCGGCGCCGUCAUCGCCUCCUUCCUCGCCGUCUUCGUCCUCAUGGUCCUCAUCGUCAUGGCCGCCUUCACCAUGCCCCGCCGCACCCACCACACCGCCUCAUAA